UUGUUUUCAAGUCUAAAACAUUUGUAAGCAUUGUUUAUGUAAGUUUUGCAUGGUUUUUUGAUACAGUUUCAUUUUUUUCAAUUUCAUUCAUAAUUCAGGCGAAAUUUUUGCUAAUUCAAAAUGAAUCUUGGAAUGAAAGUUGCUAGUAGUGUACUUCUUACUGGAGGUACUUAUGCAGCUAUCUAUUUUGGACAUCAAAUGCUAGUUCCUAAUUACGAAGGAAAAGAAGUGUUAACUGGGAAAACGGUUCUAGUCACUGGUGCCACGAGUGGAGUUGGUAAAGCUGUUGCGUUGAAUUUAGCUGCUAAAGAUGCAAAAGUGAUUUUAGGCUGCCGUGAUCAGGAAAAGUGUAUCUGGGUUCGUCGAGAGGUAGCUGAGAAAACAAAAAAUGAACAAGUCUUCUGUUCGAUGCUUGACUUGGCUUCUCUUCAAUCAAUCAAAGAAUUUGUGCAUCGGAUGAAAUCAAAGGAUAUAAGUUUUGAUGUCGUUGUUAACAAUGCUGGAGUCAUGAGGUGUCCAAAAACUUACACCAAGGAAGGAUUUGAAAUGCAUUUAGGAGUCAAUCAUUUAGGACAUUUCUUUUUAACUUACCUUUUGCUGGAUGAUUUGAAAAGCAGAUCAGCUAGAAUAAUCAACGUCACUGAUCAAGUUUACAAAAAAGGACAGAUUAAUUUAGAAGAUUUAAAUAGUGAACAAAAUUAUGAUGCAGUCAAAGCUUACAAUCAGUCAAAAUUAGCUAAUGUUUUGUUUACUCAAGAAUUAGCCUCUCGUUUACAAGGUUCAGGAGCUCAUGUUUUCGCUGCUGAUCCUGGAAUUUGUAAUACAGAUAUAAUGAGACAUAUGGGUGUCCAUAAAUCACUUAUGGGAAAAAUAUUCGUCAAACCAUUCUUGAAAUUAUUUGGUAGAUCUCCUGAUAAAGGAGCUCAAGUAAUUGUGCAUUGUGCACUCUCGCCCGAUUUAUCAGAUGACCACGCGAACGGUAAAUUAUAUCGUGACAAUAAAGAAGUCGAAAUUGUGCCACAUGCAAAGGAUGAUAUUUUGGCUAAAAAAUUAUGGUUAAUUAGUGAACGUUGGACAGUUAACCGUGAUAAACCAUCUGAUUCUAGUUUGAGACAAACUGCAACUUCUGUUUCACCAAAUUCUUAAUCGUGAACUGGAACGUAGAUUUGUUUUUUGGAGCAUAGGUUUAUAGAGGCACAAAUUACCUUUUUCAAAGUAGAUAGCAUUUACAUUUUAUUAAAUUGAGUUUUGCAAUAAUUGAAAUGGUCAUAAUUAAAAUGCUUGAGAAGACAUUUUAAAUUUAUGAAAUGUACAUUUUGUAUCUAGAGGAAUUUAAACAAUAUUUAAAUUAAAGACAUGAAUGUUUAUAA